AUGGAUGGAAAUCGGCGAUUUGCUAGGUCGCACCAUCUUGGGCGAGUUAUUCGUGGGCAUGAAAAGGGUUUCCAGCAGUUGGCUAAGGUUUUGGAAUGGUGUCAGGAUCUUGGGGUUCGUGAAGUGACUGUUUACGCGUUUAGUAUAGAGAACUUCAAGCGCAGCUCCGAAGAAGUAAAUGGGCUAAUGCAUUUGGCAGAAGAAAUGUUCGCGAAGCUUCUUGCUGAA